CUAGCGCACUGUAGCUGUCACUACAUGUUUCAUCCCAAAAGAGUAUGUAAUGUGCUACCUUCGGUAAAAUAUUAUUGUUUUUUCCAGGACAUUAUAGAUGACAACUCUGAUGUGGAAGAAGUUUCUUUUACUGCUGCUUCCAAAGUUACUCAAAGGUUGUCAAGCACGUCUACAUCCAGCAAAAGGAGCUCACAAAGCCAAAUAACUAGAGGAGUUGACUUUGAAUCAGAUGAGGAUGAAUUUGACCCCUUCAAGAGCACUGCUACUUCCAGAAGAAAGCACAGAUGAUUCUGGAUUCAUCAUAUAAAAUCACACUGCACAAAUGCCCAGGUCUUGUGACAGAAUCAGAAAACAAUAUUCAAGGUUUUAGAUAGUGUUUUACUCUAAACUCUUUUUUGCCUUAAUGUUUCAAUUCUUUUGUGAAAGAUUAACUCUCAGUGGUACUGUGUAUGCAAUAUAACUUGAUGUAUAUGUUGGGUUACUAGAUGUAAAUACCAGU